GCCAGAGCGAUUUAAGAAAGCAUCAAUUCAAAAUAGUAUUAUCGCUCCAGAUUUUCGUUUGUGCUUAAAGGGUCCUCGCCGUUUCGCGGAUCUCCUUUUUGGGUUUAGAUGAACGUUAUUGUUUGUUAGUGAUGAAUUGUGAGUUUAAAAUGAAAGACGUUUUACUUUCGCCGCCUUCCACGCCGCCCCUCAAGACGAUGCCCGGCGAUGAAAAUAUGCAACAAUCGACCAUCCUUCAACUGAAAAACUUCCUUGGACAAAAGCGCACGUUGCAGCACUGCGGUUUGUUAACCCCUCAACCAUCAGAUUCGGAAAACGAGGAUAUAGACGUGCCUCCGAAAAAACGGUACCGCUAUAAUCCGAAUGUUGUGUAUCCACCACCCACGAUAACACCGCCCAAAUCACCAGCAAAGAUCCUCCAAAGUCCUACAACAAAUGAUCGAAUUAGGAACCCGGCGCCAAUCCCCACGAGAACUGUCUCCGUAAUCAUGAAAGCGAAUCCGGACGGUACCUGCUCAUCCCUGCCCAUGCCGGUGGUACGACAGGAAGAGAACAUCCUGAAGAGCUUGAAGUUCAAAAUGAGACAUAAGAUAGAUUUAGUGGAGAACGAGCCGCCUAAAGAGGAGCCCAAGCAGACCCCAGCACCCUCUAAAGUACCAUUACCGGUGCUGGCUCCGAAGAUCUUGGCGCCCAACGCGCCUGCUACCAUCUACAUAUCGGCGGAUGGGAACGUGCUACCCACUCAAAUCGUCUUUAUCACGCACACACCGACGACGCCGGCUCCGCCGUCGCGACGCCGCAUAUACGAGUGUAAAUACGAGGGAUGCGGCAAAAACUACUUCAAGUCGUCCCAUUUGAAGGCGCACAAUAGGAUACACACGGGCGAGAAGCCGUUCGUGUGCCAGUGGGAGGAUUGCGGAAGGCGCUUUUCCAGGUCCGACGAGCUUUCCAGGCACAAACGCACGCAUACCGGCGAGAAAAAGUUCAAAUGCACGUUCUGCCAGAGGAAGUUUAUGAGGUCCGAUCAUUUGGCCAAGCACGUCAAAAGGCAUUCGAGGGAUAGACUGAAUGCCGCGAAAUUGAACAUUUUACCUGUCUUAAGGCCUAUUCAACCGGCUACAAAAUUAUCGUAAUAUCGAAUGCCUGGUGUAGUUGAAUAACAAGCGAAGCCGUCACGAUUUCUAAAACUGUAAAUACGUUACGAAAGUCAAUUAAAUUGUGACUGCUUCUGCCUUAAUCAUUCGGAAUUCUGAAAAAAAAAUCUUGUUUUAAAACACUUUUUUAUUCUUUUGUAUUAAUUUGGAUCUCUACAAGCAAUUUGACGUCCCCAUAAGGAUAUUUUUGUUUUUAUAUUUUAUUUUGUACAUUCCCCUUAGUUGCUAGUUCUAUUAAAAGUGAAUUAAUUUCACAUAUUUUAUCUGUGAUCGAAUUAUUAUUUAUUUUAUCAAACGUUAGCGUUCAGUUUAUGUUAUGUUAAAAUUAGAAUUAAUGUGUAUAUUUUGAUUCGUUUGUAAAAGUAUUCUAUUUUUUUACAUUUCUAAUUCUUUAUUAAUACGUAGGGUACCUA